GACACAGGGAUGUCAUAUGACCUUUGCCUAUAUGUUUGCGCAUCUCCCCACUUCUCUCCAAAGAGCACAGCUUACGGAAAGUUGUAAGCACAAUUCCGCGGACAAUGGAGCGCCCAAAGACUUGUACGGCUGCUGUUGUGCUGUUGCUGCUUUCACUCAGUGAUGGAGGUUUUGCAGGACCAGUAUCCGCGGGCAAAGAAUCUUGGGGCUACGUGGAUGUCCGGGAGGGUGCUCAUAUGUUUUGGUGGCUUUACUACGCCAACAAUCCUGGUACCAGUUACACAGAUUUCCCUCUUAUAAUGUGGCUCCAGGGUGGGCCUGGCGCAUCCAGCACUGGUUUUGGUAACUUCGAAGAGAUUGGACCGCUUGACCGGGAGUUGGAUGAGAGAGACUCCACUUGGGUCCAAGCUGCCAGUGUGUUGUUUGUGGACAACCCGGUUGGCACAGGAUACAGUUACACUGACUCCCAGGAUUUGCUCACCAAAGAUGUAGCCGGAGUGUCUUCAGACAUGAUGGCCCUGCUGAAGGAGUUCUUUGCCACAAAGGAAGAGUUUCAGAGCAUCCCCUUCUACAUCUUCUCUGAGUCUUACGGUGGGAAGAUGGCUGCUGCCAUUUCUCUGGAGCUCACCAAGGCCAUUUCAGCGGGAGACAUCAAGUGCAAUUUUGCAGGCGUAGCCUUGGGAGACUCGUGGAUCUCACCUCUGGAUUCUGUCCUGACAUGGGGCCCUUAUCUUUACAGCACAUCUUUGCUGGAUGAUGCUGGUCUGAAUGAGGUUGGCAGUGCAGCAGAGGCUGUGAAGAGAGCGGUCACCGAUGGAGACUUCACCAAGGCAACAGAACUGUGGUCCAUUCUGGAGAGCGUGGUGGAACAGAACACGAAUGGAGUUAACUUCUACAACAUCCUGGGCCAAGAGUCUGACGAUGAUGACAGCGCUGUGAAAUCCACACUCAAAUCAACAGGGCAGGAGAACUACCUUACCUCCCUGAUGAGGCGGCACAUCAAGCCCCUGCACAGCGAGACGCUCGGCCAGCUGAUGAACGGCAAGAUCAGGAAGAAGCUCAGAGUCAUCCCACGAAACGUCACCUGGGGAGGCCAGGCUGAGGAUGUGUUUGCCAGCAUGUCUGGAGACUUCAUGAAGCCUGUGAUUGACGUUGUGGAUGAGUUGCUGGACGCUGGCGUCAAUGUUACUGUCUACAACGGGCAGCUGGACCUGAUUGUGGACACCAUUGGUCAGGAGAACUGGGUGAAGGAUCUGAAGUGGCCGGGCAUCGAGCACUUCAGUAAGAUGAAGUGGACGCCUCUGGACGACCCCGAGUCUCCAGGGGUCACCGGGGCCUUCGUCAAGAAUUACAAGAACUUCGCCUUCUACUGGAUCCUCAAGGCUGGACACAUGAUCCCAUCAGACCAGGGUGACAUGGCCCUACGCAUGAUGCAGAUGAUCACUCAGCAGGAGUAAAAGGAAAAUUUUAAAAGGGAAUAAUAAUAAUAAUAAUAAUGUAUCUAAUUUCUUCAGUAAGGGGCCUCUUUUCCACUACUGUUUUUCGGUAGGCCUACAGCUCAACACAGUGCAACUCGGCUGCUACUUUUUGCUUUUCGAAUAGGCACGACACGGUUCAAUCGUAAAGCAGAAAGUGGUGGCCGAAUCGCACUGUGUUGAGCUGUAGGCGUACAAGAAAAACUGCAGUGGAAAAGAGGCAUUAGGGGCCAACAGGCUUGGCCACGCUGCUCUUCCAGACAAUCAAUCAGCAUGAUUGCCAAAAUCACUCUGUCUGCCUCCAGUCCUGCACUUCCAGAUUUGUUUUUUCCACAACUCUCCAAAGUCCUGUUGUGUAUUAUAGGGGUACUGUAGCAUUGCUGCCUUUUUUGAUUACUAUGGGUAUUACUCUGUAAAUCUGAUGCUGAACCAACAAUAAAUGUUUGGGAUUUUUUUUAAA